CUCACCGCUCAUAUCUGGCCAGAGUGCAGACAGGGUCACUCCACUCAAGUGGUACUUACUGGACGUAACAUUCUGGACAGAAACAAUCAGUAACAUCAUCACAAUUCAGUCAAACUGCACUGAAGCAAGCAAGGUCUGUUUUCUUCAAGUUCUUCAGCUGCCAUCUAGUGGCUGAUUCAGGAAGUACAAGAUGGAAAAAAACAAGGGUACAAAAAUGGCAAAUGGAGUGGGUGGAGGAUAAGUACUGCUGCACAGAAGCCAUAAUUUCUCAACAUUUUAAUGGCAAGGGUGAGGAACUGAAACACAGAGAAGAGACAAGAAAUUACUUACCAGGGAGAAGGAAAAGAAGGAGACGGACACGAAGAGGGGACACUAUGAGCCCAGUGAAGACAGCAGGUGUGGUUGUGCUCCUGGUGUCCUUUUGUCUCGUCUCUUCUACAGAGGCUUUUUUGACUGAGCCGGUCAUCUGCUACAUCCUGGACGGGUUCCUUGUCAUCUACUGUCUCGUUAUCACUGGAUUCCUUUUCAAAGAGAAGUUCUCCAAUCUGGGAGAUUCAGUGCACGAUGAACAGGAAACUAACGGUGGCAUAUAUCAGGAGCUUCAGAGACCUCCAGGCACUGACGUUUACCAAGUGCUCGAAACAAAAGGAAAGAAAAAGACUGGCAGGAAAAAGAAAGCCCAGGUCAAUGAGUCUGAGAGAAACGGCAGGGAGAUGGACGCCUAUGAAAGUUUGACGCCCGAUGCCUCAGCCCCGUGUCCGUCUCCCCAGUGAUGCCCUCCAUGGUCAGCCCCUGUUGUGUGUUUUCACAUCCAUCUCUGAUUUUGCUGCCGUCCUGUAACAAACUAGCUGUAAAUAUAGCACUUUCUGCCACUUAUACACUAUUAACAUGCAGCUGUUGCCAAAUUACUCUUUGUCGUGUGCUCUGGAUUCCAAUAAAAGGCAGACUACAUGUCAAAACACUUGGAAAAUGGUUUAAUGAUGUUUACAACAAAAGAGAACUGUACAGUUU